AUGUUUCAAGCACGAUGGAAAUCACCCGCAGAGCUCGAUCAUCAACUCCCAAGCCGCCGUGACAGUCAAGAUUCUGUCAUGGGUAGACUUGGUGGGAAAAAUGUCUUCAUCUUUUGCUCUACUCGCGUUUGGCGCGGCGCGCCUAAGCUUAUCCUUCAAAUCGCUGCCAUCUUCUUCACCAGCUUUCUUAUCUUCGGCGUAUUACCGAAUCGACUAUCAGGUGGACAGCUCGGAAACAGCUACACUGGAUUACUUUCUUGGGGUAGACAUGAGCCAGAACCCGAAUCAAAUUUGAGGAUCGUGGUGUUUGGAUCCCCUGAUGUCGUGGGUAAUGUCAAAGAUCCCCGACGCAAAACAUGGACAGAAGAAUUAUGUGACGAGCUCAACUGCAGCUCUUAUCUCUCAUUUGUGCCAGAUGGUCAACCGAACAGGGGCCUCAUCAGCAACGAACUCCAUCAAAAAGGCGUCAAAGAUCUUCUCAACAUCACAAAACAUACAGACGUGAAGAAGAAGCCAGCCUUUGACUAUAACUACAUUUCUAAACAGUACCCAACUCCAGACAAAGUCCCCGACUUAGCCAGCCAAGUGAAGACCUUCCUCACGAUGCCACCACCUGAAAUUCCCCCGCGCGAAACGCUCUGGAUCUUCAGCUUCGGCACUUGGGAAGUCUGGAACAUGGCCGCAAUGCCAAGGACGAAGUCAGAAGAUAUUAUUACAGAUAUGGCGAGAGUUAUCCUUGACCAGGCUGAAAUACUCUACGAACGAUCAUUAGACCCAACUUCCAUUGCGUACUCGGACUUUUGGACAAAUGCGACCGAAACCCAGAUUAGAGAGCUGACGGCACCCGGCGCUCUGGAUAGUGUCGACAAACGCAAGUUCGAGAGCUUUCGCAUUAUAGCGCCCAUGAUAUUCGAUAUAUCCUUGACACCGGCGUGGCAAACUCGACAGGCGCCACCAGCACCCAACAGCGUAGUAGAGCACACACGAAAUGCCGCGGAGCUGACCAAAUACUGGAAUCAAGAGGUAGAUUUUGCAGUUGCUGAGUGGAUUGAGAGAUCGACCAAGAAACCCCAGAAGCCGGCUUCUGAGGACAAGGCACCAAGCAAGAGCAAGAGAGCCGAGAGUGUUGAGCCAGUUGAGCACAGCGAAGACACAAAAGACUCGGCGAAAAAGACAUACGAGGAUGAGCGUGUUAUCCAAGCUCCAUACCCCAUGCGUAACGGGCUGGCGGUGGACAUUGGAAAGGUGCUUCUCGAUGCUAUGACAGAGGGUGAGAUGCAGCAUGCGGCGGUGGUAGAUCUGCGAGGACGCGGUACAAUGUCACCAAACGCGACGAUGCGAUUCGCCGAUGUCUGGACUUCAUGUGUCAAGGCUGAUAUGUCUGAUCUCACUAUCGAUCAAGGCAAGGUCACGGCUGACUGUGCAGUUGAGAACGACCAUUUAUUCUACGACUCAUUGACGAUAAGCGAAAGGGCCACGAAGGGUGUGGUUAAAGCGGUUGUGCAAGAGAUCAAAGAUGAGCUGUUCAAUGCACAGAAGAAGAAGGGUUGGUUAUACGGGGGAUGGUAG